GGAGGCAGCGAAGGAAGCUGAAAGACGGCCAUCUUGGGUCCGUGAGGCUCUGAGGUGCCGGGGAGCGGCGGCGGCGGCGGCGGCGUUGGCGUUGGGCAGGGCGUAGGGGAGGAGGAAAGCGGGCCUCAGAGGAGAAAGCAGCCGGGCGCAGGCACCUUCUUCGCGGCCCCCUCCAUGGUCGGCGCCCGCAGCCCGCGGCGGCCAGUCUUUCGCUCCACCUCAACAACGUCCUGUACCUCCCGCUCUGCGGCUGUUGCCGGCGGCGCCGUGUGGAGGCCCUGGGGCUGAGCUCUGCGCGCGACGGGCGGCAGGGGCGGCCGAAGCGAGAAGUUCUGUCCGCGGGGCGCCCUGAGGCGCGGGCACGCCGGCAGGCCCCGCCCCGCCCCCGCCGGGCUCCCGCCUGGGCCGCCGGGGCAGGGGGAGCAUGAGCCCGGGGGCCCACGGGGGCGCGGCCCGAGCCCGGCCCGGGAUCUAAAGCGAGGCCUGCCGCCCGGAGGCCACCCAGGGCCCGGCGCUUCCGAUUUUGCCCUCACGACGUGCGGACGUGAAGCGCAGUAAGAUGUCCACGAGGACCCCGCUGCCCACGGUGAAUGAACGCGACGCUGAGAACCACACCUCGCUUGGAGAUGGGCGACAAGAAGUUACUUCCCGCUCCGGCCGCUCUGGAGCUCGGUGUAGAAACUCAAUAGCUUCCUGUGCAGAUGAACAGCCUCACAUAGGAAACUACAGACUGUUGAAAACAAUUGGCAAGGGGAACUUUGCAAAAGUGAAAUUGGCGAGACACAUCCUUACAGGCAGAGAGGUUGCCAUAAAAAUAAUUGACAAAACGCAGUUGAAUCCAACAAGUCUACAGAAGCUCUUCAGAGAAGUAAGAAUAAUGAAGAUUUUAAAUCAUCCAAACAUAGUGAAGUUGUUUGAAGUCAUUGAAACUGAAAAGACACUCUACUUAAUCAUGGAAUAUGCAAGUGGAGGUGAAGUAUUUGACUAUUUGGUUGCACAUGGAAGAAUGAAGGAAAAAGAAGCAAGAGCUAAAUUUAGACAGAUCGUGUCUGCAGUGCAGUAUUGCCACCAAAAACGGAUUGUUCACAGAGACCUCAAGGCUGAAAAUCUAUUGUUAGAUGCGGAUAUGAACAUUAAAAUAGCAGAUUUUGGUUUUAGCAAUGAAUUUACUGUUGGCAGUAAACUGGACACGUUUUGUGGCAGUCCUCCAUACGCAGCCCCAGAGCUCUUCCAGGGCAAGAAGUACGAUGGACCGGAGGUCGACGUGUGGAGUCUCGGCGUCAUUCUCUACACUCUAGUCAGUGGGUCGCUACCCUUUGAUGGACAAAAUCUGAAGGAGCUGAGAGAAAGAGUAUUAAGAGGGAAAUACAGAAUCCCUUUCUACAUGUCCACAGACUGUGAAAACCUUCUCAAACGCUUCCUGGUGCUAAACCCAAUUAAGCGUGGCACUCUAGAGCAAAUCAUGAAGGACAGGUGGAUCAAUGCAGGGCAUGAAGAAGAUGAACUUAAACCAUUCGUUGAACCAGAACUAAACAUCUCAGACCAGAAAAGAAUAGAUAUCAUGGUGGGAAUGGGAUAUUCACAAGAAGAAAUUCAGGAAUCUCUUAGUAAAAUGAAAUACGAUGAAAUCACAGCUACGUAUUUGUUGUUGGGGAGAAAAUCUUCUGAGCUGGACGCUAGUGACUCCAGUUCUAGCAGCAACCUUUCACUUGCUAAGGUGCGGCCAAGCAGCGACCUCAGCAACAGCACCGGCCAGUCUCCUCACCACAAAGUGCAGAGAAGCGUUUCUUCCAGCCAGAAGCAGAGGCGGUACAGUGACCAUGCUGGACCAGCUAUUCCUUCAGUUGUUGCAUAUCCAAAGAGGAGUCAGACCAGCACUGCAGACAGUGACCUCAAAGAAGAUGGAAUUCCCUCCCGGAAAUCUAGCAGCAGUGCUGUGGGAGGAAAGGGAAUCGCUCCAGCCAGCCCCAUGCUUGGGAAUGCAAGUAAUCCCAACAAAGCAGAUAUUCCUGAGCGCAAGAAAAGCCCUGCUGUCCCCAGUAGCAACACAGCAUCUGGUGGAAUGACAAGGCGAAACACCUAUGUUUGCAGUGAGAGAACUACUGCAGACAGACACUCAGUGAUUCAGAAUGGCAAGGAGAACAGCACUCUUCCUGAUCAGAGAACUCCAGUUGCUUCAACCCACAGUAUUAGCAGUGCAACCACCCCUGAUCGAGUCCACUUCCCACGAGGCACUGCCAGUCGUAGCACUUUCCACGGCCAGCCCCGAGAGCGGCGAACUGCAACAUACAAUGGCCCACCCGCCUCACCCAGCCUGUCCCACGAAGCCACGCCACUGUCCCAGACUCGAAGUCGAGGCUCCACUAAUCUUUUUAGUAAAUUAACUUCGAAACUCACAAGGCGAAACAUGUCAUUCAGGUUUAUCAAAAGGCUUCCAACUGAAUAUGAGAGGAACGGGAGAUAUGAGGGCUCAAGUCGCAAUGUGUCCGCCGAGCAAAAGGACGAAAACAAAGAAGCAAAACCUCGCUCCCUGCGCUUCACCUGGAGCAUGAAAACCACUAGCUCCAUGGAUCCCAGCGACAUGAUGCGGGAGAUCCGAAAAGUGCUAGACGCCAAUAACUGCGACUACGAGCAGAGGGAGCGCUUCCUGCUCUUCUGUGUCCACGGCGACGGCCACGCCGCUGAGAACCUGGUGCAGUGGGAGAUGGAAGUCUGUAAGCUGCCAAGACUGUCUCUGAACGGCGUCCGGUUUAAGCGGAUAUCAGGGACAUCCAUAGCUUUCAAAAAUAUCGCUUCCAAAAUUGCCAAUGAGCUAAAGCUGUAACCCAGUAAUUAUGGUGUAAAUUAAGUAGCACCUUGUUGGGAGCAAUGCUACAUAAUUCUAGGGAAAAAUCAUUUGAGUAGGCCUAGUUCUCCUGCCUACAGGCCAGCUAUAACACUCCAAGACAUAAUUCCAUUUUAGACAUCAUCUGUUGGCCCGGUGAAGUUUCAGAGGGCAACGUAGUCACUACAAUUCUCCAUUCUUCCAACAAAUCUCUGCCCCAUAAGUUUACAGGUAUGGGAGCUGUGUAAGGACAAAUAUAUCCCAAUUGACCAUCAGGCCCUUCAUAAGGCAGAGGAAUGGAGCUUUGUAAAACUUGUUGGGGGGUGCCAAGGCCUACCAGAGAUGUUUUAGUUGGUUUUUUCCCCCAAGAUGAUGGCCAAAAACAUGUGCCGAUCACAGACACAUCCGCGCCUGUGUCUAUCAAUCCUGUAAAGAAUUUGCCAUUCAAUUUAAUUUUGCACAUGGGGCGGUUUUUGGAAAUCUCUUGGGUGAAAUAAAUUUCUUCUUGAGGAAUUUCUGGCUGAGGACCCUCUUGGGAAUUUUUAAGGCUAACAUUAUUUAAUUGUGAUUUAGGCAAGAGCAACAAUUGUGCAAUAUAAUCUCCUUGUUCUAUUACCCAAAGUCCUGUGGAGCUAAGAGGAACACACAAUUCCGAGGUACAAUCAGAAUCAACAAUAGCUGGAAUAACAGUAAUGCCUUUCAAAGUUACAGAGAAUUUUCCAAGUAUCAAGCCAAUGGUUCCGGGGGGGGGGGUGUCCAUGAAUUCCUGUGGGGACAGAUAUCGGAGUCUCACCUCCCAGUAGGUGAACUCUCUGAGCAGCAGGAAGAUCUAUUCCUGAGUUCCCCAGUGUUCCCUUGAUGAGGAAAGAAAUGUCCGUCUGGACACCCGUGCUGUCUGAUUUUGUACUUGUGCAUGGGUCUGAACCAGGUACUGCUGAUUCAGGGGGACUGGAGCCUCCUGGCCCUGAUCUCCUAUAGUUUCCUGGGCCCAAUUUCCAUUUUUCUUGCAUCAGUGUGCCAUCCUUAUCAUAUUUGGAGUGGCAGGCUUUAGCCCAGUGAAUGCCUUCUCGACAGUGAGGGCAAAGGCCAGGUGGUAACUUAUUUUCUCUGGAUGUCUGACCUAGUGGCUCUGGGUCAGCUUGUAAAGCCCCUUUCAUUUUGCAGUUUUUUCUGAGAUGCCCCAAUUUUUCCACAAUUAAAACAUUUUAAAUCACUGUGUGUACCGUGUAAAUGUUGGGAGAUGGCCUGAGCCAUCAGAGCCACAUUGUGUGAAGGAGACCCAACAUUUUGGCAUGCCUUAAUAUAUGCUCCAAGAUCUUUAGAGGAGUGAACAGGAUUUUAUUGCCUGUUUGCAAUCCAUAUUAGCAUUUUCAUAGGCUAGCUGUAAGAUCAGGAUGUCUGCUGCCUGGGAAUUAGAAAUCUGUCUCCUAACAGUUUGUUGUAAUCUUGCUACAAAUUCUGUGUAAGUCUCCACCGGCCCUUGCAUAAUUUGAGUAAAAGAUUCCGUCGGCGCACCCUCAACUGGCACAGAAGCCCAAGCCCUCCGCAGGAGGUCCUCUAGCUGGUGGAAGAGUAACGCUGGGCAACAGGCCUGCCUGCUUAAAUCC